GGGCCUGCUGUUUGUUCAGCCAGAGAAGAAAAAUGGCGGCCCUGGGCGAACCAGAACGGGUCGCCGGGCUAACGUUUUGAGCUUUCGCACUCGAAAAGACACAGGGGACUUCGCGGGCUUUCUGCAUCGUCUAGGUUCGCGGCUAGGUUCGGCUUCGUGGCGGUACCGUUUUCGCUCGCAACCGUGCGUGCCAAACACACGCAAACAUCGGAAUUGCAAUAUAAUAGGCUUCGCCUAACAUGAGAGGGAAAAGGGGCAGGCCGCCCAAACCGCUACAAAACGAGGAGCCAUCCCCAGCUACGACCAGGGGCUUACGACCCAGGAGGAAUCUAAAACCCAGGUUUAAGGACAGCGGGGACGAGGAAGCCGAAAGCCCCUCGAGGGAGACCACCAAGUCCACCCGAAAGAAGAAGGCAACGUCUACACGGGGCAGGGGACGAGGGAGAGGCGGCGGCAGCAGAGGAGGCAGAGGCGGUCGGGGAAAGCGGGCGGCUGUGCCCAAAACAGUGGUGUACGAUGACCACGAGAGCGAUGAAGACGAAGAGGAUGCUGUGAGUCUAAGGUCGGAGGAGGAUGAGUUUGUUGAGGAGGAACCUCAGUCCGAGGAGGACGAGGCCCUCAAAGAGGAUUCCGAUUGCCUGGAAGACGAUGGGCUGGAGGAGGAAGAGGAUGUUGCCAGCUACUGCACGGAGAGUAGCUUUCGGAGUCAGAGCACUCACGCUAGCACUCCAGGAAAGAAAAAGUUGCGUGCUGUCCGCCCUCCUACUCCCAGUUUGGAAGACAAGGAGAUUCCUCUUCUUGAGCUGCCAGAGACCUCCGAGGAUCUUCUGGUGCCGAAUGAGGAGCUGCUGAACGUUACUUCCGUCUACGAGGUGCUGAGGAACUUCUGCACUGUGCUGCGUCUGUCUCCGUUUCGUUUUGAGGACUUCUGCGCGGCCCUGAUUGGCCAGGAGCAAUGCACGUUAAUAGCAGACAUCCAUAUCGCCCUGUUGAAGGCGAUCCUACGAGAGGAAGACUCUUCCAACACUACCUUUGGUCCUGCAGACCUCAAGGACAGCGUCAACUCCACUUUGUACUUUAUUGAUGGCAUGACAUGGCCUGAGGUUUUACGGUCUUACUGUGAAAGUGACAAAGAGUUCCAUCAUGUUCUGCCAGACCUGGAGAUGGACGAGUAUCCCUAUGGUCCUCUUGAAAGUAAGAUCAAGGUGCUGCAGUUCUUAGUGGAUCAGUUCCUCACCACCAACAUUGCCCGCGAGGAGCUGAUGUCCGAUGGCAGCAUGCAGUACGAUGACCACUGCCGCGUGUGUCACCGCCUUGGUGACCUGUUGUGUUGCGAGACUUGCUCAGCCGUCUAUCACCUGGAGUGCGUGAAACCGCCGUUACAGGAAGUUCCAGAGGAUGAGUGGCAGUGUGAGAUCUGUGUGGCUCACAAGGUGCCAGGAGUCACAAACUGUGUGACCGAGGCUCAGAAGAACAGGCCCUACAUCCGCCAAGAGCCCAUCGGAUACGAUCGCCACCAGAGGAAAUACUGGUUCCUCAGUCGAAGGAUCAUCAUCGAGGAAGAUGGCGAGCAUGUGAAGAAAAAGAUCUGGUACUACAGCACCAAGGCGCAGCUAGAGGAGCUGAUGGAGAGCCUGGAUAAGGAGCGCUGGGAGAUGGACCUCCACGCCACUCUGGAGGAGAUGAAGGAGGAGGUGCAGGCUCACAUGGACAUCACAGAGGACCUCACCAACAGAGCUCGUGGGAGCAAUAAGGCCUACCUCGCCGCUGUUAACGACGUUGUGAUGGAGCGUUUGAAGGUCCGGCGAGCAGCGCAGGAAGCAACGAGGCGAGAGGAGGAGGUGAAGCAGGAAACAGCAGGAGGCUCCGUAAAUCCAGCUGUGGGCAGCGCUGAAGGCUCUUCGCAGCCCGGCAGGACGGCUGAGGCGGCAACAGGGUCCAGCUCUCAAGCUGCAGCAGAGAGGUCCAUAUCAGAUCCUCCUGCCUCUGCCACGGAGGCCUCGGCCAAGACUCAACCGCUUGAGUCAGACAGUGAAACACAAGCUACUCGUGCUGAGAACCGGGCCACCGGGGAGCCUUCUGCUCCGACGAAACAGGAAGGCCCAGGUGUAAACCAGAAAUCCGGUGAAGUUGGAGGCGGUGAGGAGUCGUCACCGGCCCAGGAGGAGUCCCAGCCAGAGAUCCGAGCUCCUGGUUCCGGGGUUGUGAAGAAGCUCGAUCCGCCUGACUUGGCCGACGGGUCGUCCCAGUCUUCGUUUACCAGCCAAGACGGGACGGAGGAGUAUAAUGAAAGGAUCAGGAAGCUGACGGCAGCAGGACAAGCAUCGAAAGCUCCGCUCAACCGAAGCAGCGAAGCGCCCUCCCUCGUACACGCCGAUGCCAACACGUCCCGUCUGAGCUUCUUGAAAAGGGACCUGAUGGUGAAUUUGAACAACCUGUUCAAACUGGGUCAGGAGGGUAAAUAUCGGGUUUAUCAGAACCAGUACAGCACCAACGUCCUGGCCCUCAACAAGCACCAGCACCGAGAGGAUUACGACAAGAAGCGCCACCUCUCCCACAAGUUUAGCCUGACCACCACGUCGGAGUUCAAAUGGAGCGGCUCCAUCUACGGUUCCCGGAGCCUGACCGUCUCCACGCUGCGCCUGACCAUCAUCCAGCUGGAAACCAACGUGCCGGGACCGUUCAUGCACCCCAACUGGGCUUCACACAGGUACGUCUCCGCGUCAGCGUGGAGGUGGUCAACCCCGCUUCUAUCAACUAACUUUUAAUCUUUUUUCUUUCAUAUUUUAUGA